AAGGUUCUUCCACUCUUCUGCAGGACCAUGGCCGUCAUAUACGACUUUGCUGUUAACUUUCGUCUUCAAGCUCCUGAAGAAGCAGGAUAAUGUCCAGAAUACGCCUCGACCGUAUCAAAUCCCUCUCUUUCUACAAGGAUGCUCUCACAGCCGCCCGGAGGACUGACCCACUCCCGCAACUGACCUGCAUCGGCAAGGCCUGUCGGCAGUAUACGCCAGAAGCAGUGCGGUGCGUAAACGUCGGAGGAGAAGCCACGGGGGUAGAUUGGAAGUGCGAGGCUGAUCUGCCGGAAGCUCUACGCUUCGGACGAGUCGAGGUCUCAUGCGAGGGCUGGGAUGGUCCUGGUGAUCCGUAUGUCUUGAAAGGCUCCUGUGCAUUGGAAUACCGGCUAAUCCAAGUCCCCAAUUCACUUCGAGGGGAGGAGGCGCACAAUCUUCCUCCUCGUCCCUGGGCUUGGCUCAAAGACCAAGAUCCCAUCGCACUGCUCUUCACCCUAGUCUGGAUCGCCGUUUUUGCAUAUAUUCUCUGGCAAAUCAUUAAAUCCUGCUUCCGUCGUCAACCUGAUACCGCCGCUCGCCCCCCUGGCACAGGUCCCCAGAGACCCACGCAUGGAUCUGGCUGGUUCUCAGGAUCCCAGCCGAACGACAAUCGAAACGACCCCCCGCCGCCCUAUACCAAACACCCUCAGAGCUCAGCGCAGGGACCUGCGGUUGGAGACUGGCGUCCCGGUUUCUGGACAGGCGCGGCGCUCGCCGGAACGGGUGGAUAUCUCCUUGCCAGCGCUGGGCGUCGAGACCCACCGACGGCGACGGCGUACGACUGGGAGCGCGCACAUAUGCCGCGGGCCUCGCCCAUGGCGAUGCCCGACUACACAGGCUACACGAUGUCGCGGCGAUCAUUCUUCAAUUCAGACGGCCGGGGCGAGGGAUCCUCGAGCCUCGGCUCGAUGCGACGCAGCACAGGGUUGGGAGGCAGUAGUGUUCGGUGAAACACUGUCUAGCCCUGGUUGUCUCGGGUUUCCACCUUGUGGUCUUGUGUGUGGGCCGUGUGGAUCCCCGUCCUCACGGAAGUGUGUAUGUUUGCUACAUGUAUCUUGCUGUGCCUCAGGUCCGAAAAUAAUGAGAUGAGACUGCCGUGCGUUGCCGCGGUGCGCAGAAUACCCCAACCCGUUAUGGACAGCAGGCUUUGUGGCGUUGAGC